UAACUAUGAAAGUCACAGAAAACGGCUUCCUCCCGUAAGCUCAUCAAUGGCGGUUCUGAGCCCCCCUACUUUAACUAGCCGAAACUAGUACACCAAAUAGUCAGCCAACCCUCGUUUUCCCAUCAAUUUUUGCAAUAAUGUUGAAGGCUCUUACAUCCUCAUGUCUGCAGAAUCGUUUCCACGCCGUCACAACGGCAUUUACCCCUCAAGUUCGCCGUGGCACUGACUCGAAUACGCCCUUGCUUCGGGUUUUAGGUUCGCUAAGAAGUUCGAAUCGCAGGGUCCCUUAUUUGUCUCGACGAUUCUUUUGUUCGGAUUCUACUGAUGGGUCCGAAUCGAAUUCCGAGGCUGCUGCAUCCGAAGCCAAGCCGGCCGAGGAAGGUGGAGAUGCUGAUUCUAAGGCUUCGGCUGCUAUGGUUCCCACUGUUUUUAAGCCUGAAGAUUGCCUUACGGUUCUAGCACUGCCACUUCCACACAGACCGUUAUUUCCAGGGUUUUAUAUGCAUAUCUAUGUGAAGGAUCCCAAGGUAUUAGCAGCCUUGCUGGAAAGUCGAAAAAGGCAAGCACCUUAUGCUGGCGCUUUCCUUAUGAAAGAUGAGCAAGGGACUGAUCCUAAUGUUGUGUCUGCCUCAGAUACAGAAAAAAACAUCUAUGAGCUUAAAGGAAAAGACAUGUUGAACCGUCUUCAUGAAGUUGGUACACUUGCUCAGAUAACAAGUAUUAAAGACGACCAGGUUAUUCUUAUUGGUCACAGGCGGAUACGUAUGGCAGAGGUGGUCAGUGAGGAACCCCUUACAGUGAAAGUUGAUCAUCUCAAGGAACAGCCGUACAACAAGGAUGACGAUGUUAUAAAGGCGACAUCUUUUGAAGUUCUAUCAACCCUAAGGGAUGUUUUGAAGACAAGUUCUCUCUGGAAGGAUCACGUUCAAACUUAUAUCCAGCAUAUUGGUGAUUUCAAUUAUGCAAGGUUAGCAGAUUUUGGAGCAGCAAUAUCUGGAGCCAACAAGCUACAAUGCCAGCAAGUGCUUGAAGAGCUAGAUGUGCAUAAGCGGCUACAGCUUACCCUGGAGCUAGUGAAGAAAGAAAUGGAGAUUAGUAAGAUUCAGGAAUCAAUAGCAAGAGCAAUUGAAGAAAAAAUAAGUGGAGAGCAACGCCGUUAUUUGUUGAAUGAACAAUUAAAGGCCAUAAAGAAGGAACUAGGUUUGGAGACUGAUGACAAGACAGCUCUUUCUGCAAAGUUCAGGGAAAGAUUGGAGCCUAAUAAAGAAAAAAUACCAGUACAUGUUAUGCAAGUUAUUGAAGAAGAACUGACAAAACUGCAACUGUUGGAAGCUAGUUCCAGUGAAUUUAACGUAACACGUAAUUAUCUUGAUUGGUUGACUGCCUUGCCAUGGGGUAAUUACAGUGAUGAAAACUUUGAUGUACUACGGGCAGAACAAAUUCUUGAUGAAGACCACUAUGGGUUAACCGAUGUUAAGGAAAGGAUCUUGGAAUUUAUAGCUGUGGGAAAACUCAGAGGAACCUCGCAAGGGAAAAUCAUAUGCCUCUCUGGCCCUCCUGGGGUGGGCAAAACCAGUAUAGGUCGUUCAAUUGCACGUGCAUUGAACCGCAAAUUUUACCGAUUUUCUGUUGGAGGGCUGUCUGAUGUUGCUGAAAUAAAGGGACAUCGACGAACUUAUAUCGGUGCCAUGCCGGGGAAGAUGGUGCAAUGUUUAAAAAGUGUGGGAACCGCUAAUCCUCUUGUUUUGAUAGACGAAAUUGACAAGUUGGGAAGAGGACAUGCUGGUGAUCCAGCAAGUGCUAUGUUGGAGCUUCUUGAUCCAGAACAGAAUGCAAAUUUCUUGGAUCAUUAUCUUGAUGUUCCUAUUGACUUAUCAAAGGUUUUGUUUGUCUGCACAGCCAAUGUUGUAGAAAUGAUACCUAAUCCUCUUUUGGAUAGAAUGGAAGUAAUUUCAAUUGCUGGUUACAUUACGGAUGAGAAAAUGCACAUAGCCAGGGAUUAUUUGGAGAAAGCUACUCGUGAAACAUGUGGGAUCAAGCCUGAGCAGGUUGAAGUGACCAAUUCAGCUCUUCUUGCUUUAAUAGAAAAUUACUGCAGAGAAGCUGGUGUACGCAAUCUGCAGAAGCAGAUUGAAAAGAUUUAUCGCAAGAUAGCUCUAAAGCUUGUCAGGGAAGAUGGAGAGAUUGAGCCUCAGAAUGCAGAGGUAGGUGAGGUAGAAGCAGAAUCUAUCCAUCUAUCAGACGAAAUCAAGUCUAAGGAAGAAAUUCAAGCUGGAGCUGAGUCCGCAAACGGUAGCAAUGAUGACAAGGCCUCUGAAAAUAAUGCUGAAGCUGAAGCACAGGGAGCACCAGUGAAUCAAACACAGAAAUCUGCUAAUGAAGAUGCUUGUUUACAGGAUACUCAAGAAACUGAGAAAGCAACAGAAAGUGAAGCGAGUAAAACAGUAAAUAAAGUGGUUGUUGACUCGCCAAACCUAGCUGAUUAUGUUGGCAAACCUGUUUUCCAUGCGGAGCGCAUAUACGAUCAGACACCAGUUGGAGUUGUGAUGGGUCUUGCUUGGACUUCAAUGGGUGGCUCAACACUCUAUAUAGAAACAUCUCUGGUGGAGCAAGGAGAAGGGAAAGGGGCUCUCAAUGUAACAGGACAACUAGGCGACGUUAUGAAAGAAAGUGCCCAAAUUGCCCAUACGGUUGCCAGGACCAUUUUGCAGGAAAAGGAGCCUGAUAACCAAUUCUUUGCAAAUAGUAAGCUUCAUCUUCAUGUUCCUGCAGGUGCUACCCCUAAGGAUGGCCCUAGUGCUGGUUGUACUAUGAUAACGUCCUUGUUGUCUCUUGCCAUGAAAAAGCCUGUUAAAAAGGACCUGGCAAUGACAGGGGAAGUCACGCUAACUGGCAAAAUUCUUCCUAUCGGCGGGGUCAAGGAGAAAGCCAUAGCAGCGCGAAGAAGUGAUGUGAAAACUAUAAUAUUCCCUUCAGCCAAUCGCAGAGAUUUUGACGAGCUUGCUCCUAAUGUCAAGGAAGGCCUUGAUGUACACUUUGUGGAUGACUACAAGCAAAUAUUUGAUUUGGCAUUUUGAUAGGCAGAGUACAGAUUAUUCAAGUUGUUUUGGUGACAAACUGUCCACCUGUAGGCUGAGUUUGCCAUCUCAUUCAUUCUGGACCUUAUGCCCGGAGAUGUAGUUUUUUUUGCUCCUUAUUUCAUAUUUCCAUGUGCACAUCAAUGUCGAACAAGCAGCCUUGAUUUUUUCACCAUUGUAUCAUAUAAUUCAUAAAUCUCAAGGACAUGGAUUUUCCCUUUUGCCAAGAAUGAAGGCAAAGAAAGAUGAAAGAAGGGAAAAAGGAAGGAAGAGACAGAACAACGAAGAUACAUUGUGGUGUGUGUGGACUCUUUCUUAGUCACGGGCAGUUUUCGUCUUCAAAAUACUAGCUUGCUGAGUGCAGUGUCGAGAAUCAAAUUCCCUACAAAAGAAAGGUGGACAUUUUGGUUGCUCCAUCAAAAAAUAAACACUUGUUGUACUCGUCAUGAUGUCCAAACUAUGUUCACUGAUCCUGCAAAAUUUCCCACAGCAAUGGCAGGGCGAUAAUUUAGAAGCCGAGGAUCGGUAUGUAAUGGUCAUUGAAAAACAUCGAAGAUAUUUUGUUUCAUUCAAACAUUUUAAAAAUGAAAUAAAGGAAAAGAAAAAGAAAAAAAAAAGAAGCUACCACAUCAGGCCCUUUUGAUC